UGAAGGGAAGGCGGUGGGAAAGAUGGCGGUGGCUUCGCGACCCUCUGGGUGGUGGCUGCGGUGGGGAUAUCAUUUGUCGGCUCGAGUUGGGUCCAAGAUGUUGCUCCUGCUCGUUUUAUUAGGGUCUGAGCAGGGGCCACAGCAAGUCGGGGCGGGUCAAACGUUCGAGUACUUGAAACGGGAGCAUUCGCUGUCGAAGCCCUACCAGGGUGUAGGCACAGGCAGUUCCUCACUGUGGAAUCUGAUGGGCAAUGCCAUGGUGAUGACACAGUAUAUCCGACUUACCCCGGAUAUGCAAAGUAAACAGGGUGCCCUGUGGAACCGGGUGCCAUGUUUCCUGAGAGACUGGGAGUUGCAGGUGCACUUCAAAAUCCAUGGACAAGGGAAGAAGAAUCUGCACGGGGAUGGCUUAGCAAUCUGGUACACAAAGGAUCGGAUGCAGCCAGGGCCUGUGUUUGGAAACAUGGACAAAUUUGUGGGGCUGGGAGUAUUUGUAGACACCUACCCCAAUGAGGAGAAGCAGCAAGAGCGGGUAUUCCCCUACAUCUCAGCUAUGGUGAACAAUGGCUCCCUCAGCUAUGAUCAUGAGCGGGAUGGGCGACCUACAGAGUUGGGGGGCUGUACAGCCAUUGUCCGCAAUCUCCAUUAUGACACCUUCCUUGUGAUUCGCUAUGUCAAGAGGCAUUUGACGAUAAUGAUUGACAUCGAUGGCAAGCAUGAGUGGAGGGAUUGCAUUGAGGUGCCUGGGGUCCGUCUGCCCCGAGGCUACUACUUUGGAACCUCUUCCAUCACUGGAGAUCUCUCAGAUAAUCAUGAUGUCAUUUCCCUGAAGUUAUUUGAGUUGACAGUGGAGAGAACCCCAGAAGAGGAGAAGCUGCAUCGAGAUGUGUUCUUGCCCUCGGUGGACAAUAUGAAGCUGCCUGAGAUGACAGCCCCACUGCCGCCCCUGAGUGGCUUGGCCCUCUUCCUCAUUGUCUUUUUCUCCCUGGUAUUUUCUGUGUUUGCCAUUGUCAUCGGUAUCAUACUCUACAACAAAUGGCAGGAACAGAGUCGAAAGCGCUUCUACUGAGUCCUCUUGCUGCACCCUCUCUAAGACUGUCA